AUGGCCAAGAUCAUCAGUUCUGCCAUUGUUGGGGAGACAAUUAGCCAGAUUUUUUCUGGCAUAACCAACAGGGAAGACGAGGAUAAAUCAGAUGAAGCCACCGGAGGAGGUGGCCUAGAGAGGCUGGAGAUGGCACACAUAAAAAUGGAGGCUGCACUCGAGAUGUCUGACAAGUGGCAGAUCACCGAUGUGUCACUACUUCAUUGGCGUAAGAAGCUGAAGUGUGUUGCCCAGGAAUGCAACGACGUAGCUCGCAGAUGUUGGGAGCUCUCUCUGGAAGAAGAUGAGGCAGAGCAGGUGCUAAGCAAAUCUUCGUUUGCUAUACGGGUCGCUCAUGCGACCAAGGCAUUUGUCUCCUCAUUUAUUGGCUGUGAAGGUGAUCAUUGCUCAGGCAGCAUCGCCGCCGCCGUUCGAAGAUUCGAGAGGUUUGCUGAUGGUGCUACGGAGUUCAUUCAAUGUGUGCAGCUCGGUGGAACACCUCGACAGCCCCUGUUCUUCGACCCUCUCAUCAGGCAUGUCUUCACAGGCAAAACGCUGCGGUAUAUGGUGAUGCACCCGGGAGGCCAGUAUCAAUACUUCGGCAUUCGUCCUAUGGCCUUCGAGGAGCGUGGACUGGAGGCCAUGCUAUCCUUCAUAUAUGAAGAUUUCAAGGUUCCCAAGAACAGUUUUGGUCUUGGGUUCAUGCUGCGUCUUUCAGAGAGUACGGACAUUAUCGGAACUACAGUCAAGUGCUUGCAACUGGUGACACCUCACUUCAAGUCCACGGCCGACGCUGUGAUCAAAGGUAUCAUCCAACUCCCUACCCAAGAUUUUUCAUGUUUACCACCAGAGGCUGAGAGCGCAAACAUGGAACACUGGAACCAGAUCCACAAAACUUUUACUGGAUGGUUCCGUCCAGAUCCAUUAUGUUGUCAAGGAUACAAACAGGAGGUCGUGCCUUCUCAUGUCGGUAACUGCGGGAACAAACGUCAAAUCUCUCUACUCGACUAUAAGAACCUACAGGGAUCAACUGCGGGAUAUGAUUUUUCUUCUCUGGAGAAUACCCCACUUCUGAAGCUGGGAAUUCUGUUCAUGCCUCAUGAUUCUCUGGAGAACCCCAAGUCCACCGGCGAGGGCUCUGCGAUAGAGGUGAUCGAUGGAGAGAAGCAACAUCUCACACAUGCAAAUGUUCAUCCUGACCAACUUGAUGAGAUAUUGCUGCCCAAGGCGAUAGAUUAUCUUCACCAUAACACCGAGACUGCGACCUAUCAGAUAGUAUGGAGGUCCAACCAUGGCAGUGCACACCUAUGUGUGGAGAAGACAAGAACAACAAGAAUUCCCAGAGCACGCAAAGCCGCCACACGACAAGGUAGGAACAAGAAUAGUAAGACACUUCUUCAGAUGAAGCAGGAGCAGAUGAGGAAAGUGCAGUGGAUGCAGGUAGCCAAAGAUUUCCUGAAACUAUGGGUUGUGCGUUCCUCGGAGAGGCUGCAGAGCACAUUUACGUCAUGGCUCAAACAGUCGCCCUUCUGUUUUGAUUCAGCUGCAAGCUCAUGGGCCAUGACGUUGCACUCUCUUCCAGCAAAAGAGCACUCUUGUAAUCUGCAAACAGAUCAACCCACAGCAAGGGGAUCGACAGGGGCCAUCGGAGUUUAA